GUAUUUCACACCAACAGGAGAAGAGAAUAGGGAUUUCAUAUGUUGUUGGAAAGCUGUCCUUCAUUGACACACCCAAGAUUUAUGACCAAGGAUCAAAUGUGGAGGGAAAAGUUAAAGCAGUUUACUACAAUAAUACACCCAUUCCUGACAUGUCAGUGUACCUGUUUGAGGGUGAAAGGUGGUCAGCACGUCUGGUACAGAACCUCACAACUGACAGUGAUGGGAUUGCCACGUUCUCAUUCAACUCUGCUGACUUUCAAGGGAACAUCCACCUCUACGUUGGCAACAAACCGACGCUGGACUACGUUGGUUAUAGAAUGCCAUACUAUGAGGUUGGAGAUCAAGUGUUGUCUGCAGCUGAACCUUCUUCUCCUGAUACUAAAACAGCCAGCACCCUGGAGGUGAAGAAGAAGGAUCAGUUACUUCUCUGUGACAGAGAAGAACACAUCUCCAUCAAAUACACUGUAGUUGGAGAGACCCGGGGCUCUGUGGAUGUGAUGUAUCUGGUCUUAUCCAGAGGAGCCAUUAUCAUGCUAGGAGUUAAAUAUAUUGAAGUGCAAGCUAAAUCAGUGACUGAGGGAGAGGUGUCCUUCAAGUUGACAGUGUCUGCAGAGAUGGCACCAGAGGUCCAGGUUGUAGCUUACGCCGUCCUCCCCAGUGAGACUGUGAUCGCCAACAGUGCUGACUUCUCCACCGAGAAAUGCUUCAGUCACAAGGUGUGGCUGGGUUUUUGUACAUCCUCAGCUGUUCCAGGAGAGGAAACCAUUCUGCGGGUGACGGCCCAGCCAGACUCUCUGUGUGGUGUGAGUGCUGUCGACCAGAGCGUCCUCAUCAAGGAACCAGGGAAGACUCUGAAUGCAAACAGGAUAUUUGACUUGUUGCCUGUCAGAAAAGCAUCGUAUGUUCCAUAUGAGGUUCAAGAUCCUGUAGAAUGCUUGAAAGUGAGACCUAAAAGAUUUUUGCCAUACCCUGGAGGCGUCAAUGAAGUUGAUGCUUAUUCAGUUUUCCAGAAUUUAGGCUUGAAGAUGGCAACGAACUUGGUUAUCAGAGUUCCUUCAUGCCUUAAGUACAAAGGAAAUGACUAUUCCAAUCAACCUUAUGAUAUACGUCUUCCCAUGAUGUUUUUACGAGAAGUAGCAUUACCAAGUGCAAUGGGACCUGCCGGAUUAUCUCCUCCUCCUCCUCCUCCUCCUCCCCCACCAAUAGAGACAGUCCGCACUUUCUUCCCUGAGACCUGGAUAUGGGACCUGGUGGAAGUUGGAGUGUCUGGAACAAAGGACGUUUACCUCACUGUCCCAGACACCAUCACCACCUGGGAGACGGAGGCUUUCUGUUUGUCCCCUCAGGGGUUUGGCUUGGCUCCCCGUGAAGUGAUCACCGUCUUCCAGCCCUUCUUCCUGGAGCUCAGCCUGCCUUACUCCAUCAUCCGGGGGGAGCGCUUUGAACUGAAGGCAACCACCUUCAACUACCUGUCCAGCUGCAUCAUGGUCACUGUGACUCCAGCACCCUCUUUAGACUACACCCUCACUCCGCUCUCUGGUGACCAGUACACAUCCUGUUUGUGUGGCAGUGAGCGCAAGACCCUCAGCUGGACCAUGGCCCCCUCAGUCUUGGGGGUUGUGAAUGUGUCUGUGACGGCUGAGGCUGUGGCAUCCCAUGUUUCAUGUGACAAUGAGAUUGUGAGUGUUCCAGAGAGAGGACGUAUCGACACGGUCACACGAUCUCUCAUAGUAAAGGCUGAGGGAACUGAGAUCACCAAGACCUACAACUUUCUGCUCUGCCCAAAAGGGGGAGCUGUGAAAGCGGAAAUAGACAUCCAACUCCCUGAGAACAUGAUUGAUGGAUCUGCCCGUGCUUCAGUAUCAGUCCUGGGUGACAUUCUGGGCCGAGCCCUGAAGAACCUGGAUGGGCUGCUGCAGAUGCCGUACGGAUGUGGAGAGCAGAACAUGGUGCUCCUGGCCCCCAACAUUUACAUCCUCCAGUACCUGGAAAACACACAGCAGCUGACCGCAGCCAUCAAGGAGAAGGCUACCAACUUCCUGACCAGUGGCUACCAGAGACAGCUGAACUACAAACAUAGUGACGGUGCUUACAGCGCAUUUGGAACAGGACUGGGGAACACUUGGCUGACUGCUUUUGUGCUGAGAUGUUUUGCCAAAGCACAGUCUUUCAUCUACAUUGACCCAAAAAAGCUUGCUGAGUCUAAGUCUUGGCUGGAUGGCAAACAACGAGCAAGUGGCUGUUUCCAGCAGCUGGGAAAACUCUUCCACAACGGAAUGAAGGGUGGUGUGUCUAAUGAAGUGACUCUUAGUGCUUACAUCACUGCUGCCUACUUGGAGAUGAAAGUGCCCCUGAAUGAUCCUGUGGUGCAGAAGAGCCUGUCUUGUCUCAGGGAGUCCAUCAGUGACUUUAGCAACACCUACACUACAGCUCUGCUGGCGUACGUCUUCACCCUGGCAGGAGACACGGAGACCCGUGCUCACCUUCUGAAGCACCUGGACACUGUUGCAUCAAACCAAGGAGGUUUCCUCUACUGGUCUCAGACAGCGACAGAAACGUCAGCCUCUCUGUCUGUGGAGAUCAGCUCCUAUGUGCUGCUGGCCAGACUCAGCGGCUCUCCCGCUGCUGAAGACCUGGGCGCCGCCACCAGCAUCGUCAGAUGGCUGACGGGCCAGCAGAACUAUUAUGGAGGCUUCUCCUCCACACAGGACACAGUGGUGGCUCUCCAGGCUCUGGCUCUCUACGCCACUGUAGUGUUCAGUCCAGAGGGUUCCAGCACAGUGACAGUCCAGUCUCCCAGUGGCCAGCUGACAUUUGAUGUGAAUCAGAACAACAAACUGCUCUACCAGGAGAAGCUGCUGCAGGAAGUGACAGGAAAGUUCAGCCUGGAGGUGAAGGGCUCUGCAUGUGCUUCAGUGCAGAUCUCUCUUCACUAUAACAUCCCAACUCCUGCUGCUGUCACCACUCUCAGUGUGGAGGUCAAACCAGAGGCCGACUGCGCAUCUCUCAGACCCAAACUCACUCUGAAGCUAAGGUCCCUAUAUAAUGGAACAGCAAGCACUACAAACAUGGUGAUCCUGGACAUCAAAAUGCUCUCUGGCUUUGUCCCAGACCCAGAGUCUUUGAGGAGGCUCAAAGGUGCCCUGCUGGUGGAUCGUGUUGAAGAAAAGGAAGAUCACGUUCUGGUGUACUUAACGGAGUUAACGAAGAACAUACCUAUCAACCACAGCUUAGACCUCCUACGGGAGCUCCCAGUGCAGAACCUGAAGCCAGCCGUGGUCAAGAUCUAUGACUACUACCAGCCAAGUGACCAGGCUGAGACAGAAUACAUCUACGCUUGUGCUGCAGAUUGAAGAGUGAAGUGUAGUCUGUCCUCAGGUCAUCGCAGAUUCCAGCAUCAUUUAAAAAGAUCUGCAUUUUAUUCAAGAUACAUUUUUGGGGCCUUG